AUGUCGGCCGAUUUGCUAGCAGAGUUUGGUCAAGCACCUGACCCAGCAAACUACUCCUCUAGCCAACAGCAGCCAGCCAAAUGGCAGAAAAGCUCAUUUUUUGAUGAUCUAAACCAAGAGAACGAUAUCUUCGGAUCUUCGGGAAGUCUGCAGCAUAAUGAGCCCUCCCAUGCACCAUUGGGAGGCAGAAGUCAAUCUGCAACGCCCAAAACCCAGUGGCAAGCCUUUGAACAACAAAAUUUUGAUCUACCUCAACACCAAAAUAGUGAAGUGUUGUUCGAUGCAGCAUUUGACGCACCUGCAAGUGACGCAGAAGAUGAUUGGGGUGAGUUCGAGGGUCCCGAGUCAAAUAACCAACAUGCAACUCUGUCAACGGAGCCUCAGCAGUCAGCGACUGCUUCAUUCAGGUCUCAGCCUAACCAAAAGGGUUCACCGGCGUUGGGGACAAUUGACUUGCUAGACUCACUCUCGCUCCAUGACUCGGCACCAGUCGUGAAACAGCCGUCAAAAAUCACCGGGAAGCAAUACACACACGAGUCCAGUAAACCCCAAACCCAAGCAACAUGGGAUGAUGACUCGUUUGGUGACUGGGGCGAUUUUACCGAUGCGCCAAUUAGCCAACCUCAUCCCAGCUCAGAGAAGAAAGCAAUUCCAUCUCCCAAGCCACAUUCAAAAGUAUCCACUAAUCCCAAACCACCUGCAUCUACCUGGGAUCAUGAUACAUUUGAGGAUUGGGGUGAUUUUACGGAAGAACCUAGUACGAAUCCUGAUUCCAAACCCAAACCCAAACCAGCAGUCGCUGGUCCAUCUCCAAUCAGCUUUGUUUCUGGGACCACAGCGCCGGCAGCUAACGUCCGUCCGACGAACAUUCCACCUCCAUCUGUUCUCCUCGAGUUAUUCCUAGAUGUGUUUGAGAAUCUCCACAAGGAGGCUACUCUCGCAAAAUCCCAUCUGCGAUCAGCAUCGCCUUCAACCGAUGUUUCCAUAACCGCAUCAAACAUUUACAAUGCCCUUUUAUCGGCCGCCCGUGUAAUUGCAGGACGGAGUCUCCGCUGGAAGCGCGAUACAAUCCUCAGCCAAAGCAUGCGAAUUGGCCCGGCCCGUUCCGGGAAAGUCGGUGGCAUGAAACUCAACAGCGUGAACAAGCAAGAAAACAUCAAAGAAGAACAAGACGCCGUUGACGUACUUGUUGCUUGGCGCGAACGGGCGGUAGUCUUCAAUGCCAUCUUGCAAGGCGUAGGCCAACGGCCGAUCCCUACGGUCCCAGACCCUAGCGCGCUUAAGGUUAUUAUCGCUCGAGCAGACCAAGGAGCGCUAAAGGCUUCACAUCCAUGUGCGCUUUGUUCCCUUAAGCGAGAUGAGCGGGUAUUACGGGUCGAUGAACAAAAUGUCCAAGAUAGUUUCGGGGAGUGGUGGACAGAACACUGGGGCCAUACACCAUGUAGGCAAUUUUGGGAAGCCAAUCGAUACCUACUUGGGCAACGAUGA